AACAUUAAAAGAGGUUAUAUAAAUUGAUUACAAUUAAAGAUGAAUUGAAUUACAAUUAAUUUAAAAUUUAAUCAUUUGUACAAAAUGGCACUAUUUAAAAGCUUGAAAUUAAAUACUUUUCAAAUGUAUCGUUUCUCCGUUACAUUAUGUUUGAAUCAAAAGGAUGCAUGUUUAUUGAAAAUUUCUUCUUUUAUAAAUAGAAUUCCGCAACGUCAAUUGUUUUGGGAAAGGGAUAGGAAAGGAGGUUAUAACAGUAAAGAACAACCUGGUAAAAUCCAACAUAUUAAAGAUGGAUUCAAAGAGCUUAAAACAGAAUUUAAAUUGUUUACUCAAGAAGUUAAAGAGUUCAUAGCAGCGGAUCCAUUGCUUAUUGCACGACCAGGUGAAACAGAUCUGAUAUGGUGUUUUAAUGAUCCCAGUGUCAUAAACAACUUUGUUACAACUUGUGAUAGUGACCACAAUCAAGGAUAUAGUUCUUGUGGAUUUGACCCAAGCCCAGCGGGUAGAGCGCUAUUUCAUGGCUAUCUGGACACUAGAGUACCAAAAGAUGGACGAGUUAAAAAAGCAGGUUAUUGUUCUUUUCGCUCUAAACGAAUAAGGAAAUCAUUUAAACGAGAAUCAACUUUUAAUUGGAAUAUAUAUAAUACGAUUGUCCUGAAAGUAAGAGGCGAUGGGAGAUCGUAUUUGUUAAAUAUAUCUUGCGAGGGAUAUUAUGACAUCACGUGGAACGACAUAUAUCAUUAUGUCCUCUACACCAGAGGAGGUCCUUAUUGGCAAAUUGCUAAGAUUCCAUUUUCAAAAUUCAUCUUGGGAUCAAAGGGCAGAAUACAAGACAAGCAAAUGAGAGUGCGAUUAGACAGAGUGACUCACUUUGGUAUAUCUUGCGGAGAUAAAAUCAAUGGGGUAUUUAAUCUGGAAAUUGAAUACGUUGGCUUAGAAUAUGAUCCGACGCACGAUGAAGAUUUUGCGUAUGAAAUGUAUAAAACAGAUAGAUAUAUAGUUGGUGUUUAAAACAUUAAAUUAUUAAAUUACUUAA